CAUCUUUCUUAUUUAUUCCGGUCUAUUAUUUUAAGCUGCUAAAUUUUUAUUGGGUAGGCGAUUUUAUCAAACUGAAAAUAAUAAUUUAAAAAGACACUCACUAAUUUUUUAAAAGACGCAUCCAGUGCUCUUUUGUGUGUGUUUUAUUUAUUUUUAUAUUUUUUAAUUUUUUAGGGUGAAAGAAAAAAGAAAAAAAAGAGAAAGCAUAGGAAAUGGAGAGAGAAAGAAAGAAAGAAGAAGAAGCUCUUCUCUCUAUCCCUCUCUUUUCUCACGAUUUUAUCUUUCUGUCUUUUUUUCUCGCCAGAUUUUCUCGGAAUCCAAACACACUCUCUGAGCUUCGCUUCUUCUUCUCCCUUGAGAUCUGAGGCGACUCUCUCUUUCUCUCUCUAUAUCCGUUCUCUCUUUCUCUCUCUAACCGAAACUGAUUCCUUCUUUCGUCGUCUUCUUCAGUUGCUUCAGCAAAGUGGCUCUCUUUGCCAAAAUAGAGAAAUAUUCUAUGCUAGUUGGAUUGAUGGGUAUUUGAAGAUAAAUAGAGAAUCGGAUUGCUGAGGAAGCGAUCUUUUAUCUAUUUAGUCGGUUGUAUGUUUCUUUGUUUGUGUAGUUUUUGUGCUAUAAAGGAGUGAUCUUUUUUGCUGAAAUGAAUGGAAGAUAAUUAAAAACUUCUCUUUUGAAUGAAUUUUACUUCUGAGAGUAGAUGUUCUAUUUGAAGCUCGUCUUACCUGCAGUGUCUCUUGUAAGCUUUAUCCUUUGGCUGAUUGAAGUCAACAACUUAGGCACACACCUUGAAGAAGAAACGACAAGAUGAAUCACUUGACUGUUGAGACUGAAGAUUCUUUUGCUGGCUUGCUUGAGCUUGCAGCCAAUAACGAUGUGGAUGGUUUCAAACGAAUGAUUGAGUGUGAUCCUUCCUCUGUGGAUGAGGUUGGGCUGUGGUAUGGCCGUCGGAAGGGAUCAAAGCAGAUGGUCAAUGAACAAAGAACACCUUUGAUGGUUGCUGCUAUCUAUGGUAGCAUCGAUGUUAUGAGAAUGAUUCUUUCACUCUCUGAAGCUGAUAUCAACCGGCCUAGUGGUGCUGACAAGAGCACUGCCCUUCAUUGUGCAGCAUCCGGUGGUUCCGAAAAUGCUGUGGAUGCUGUGAAGCUGCUUCUUGCGGCAGGUGCUGAUCCAAAUUCUGUGGAUGCCAAUGGGCAUCGCCCCAUAGAUGUUAUUGUUUCUCCUCCUAAGCUUGAGUCUGUCAAAAACAGUCUUGAAGAACUUCUUCAAACUGAUGAUUCUAUUACUGGGUGUAAUUUGAGGGUAAUCACAACCACAUUUAAUUCAUAUUCUCCACCUUUGUCAACUUCACCGGAGAAUGGAUCCCCUUCUGCACCAGAUUUCCAAUUGAAGUUAAAGUCAAGUGAUGUCCCUGCAUCGUCUGUGUCUGAGAAGAAAGAAUAUCCGGUUGAUCCAUCCCUUCCGGACAUUAAGAACAGUAUUUAUUCAACCGACGAGUUCCGAAUGUAUUCAUUCAAGGUUCGACCUUGUUCCCGUGCUUAUUCCCAUGAUUGGACUGAAUGCCCUUUUGUGCAUCCAGGAGAGAAUGCUCGGAGAAGGGACCCAAGGAAGUACCAUUAUAGUUGUGUCCCUUGUCCUGAUUUUCGAAAGGGUGCUUGCCGGCGGGGAGAUAUGUGUGAAUAUGCUCAUGGAGUUUUUGAGUGCUGGCUUCAUCCAGCACAAUACAGGACUCGUCUUUGCAAGGAUGGGACAAGUUGUUCCAGAAGAGUUUGCUUCUUUGCCCACACUGCUGAAGAGCUUCGGCCCUUAUAUGUUUCAACUGGUUCUGCGGUUCCCUCUCCUCGUUCAAGCACGUCUUCGGCCAUGGACUUUGCUGCGGCCAUGAGCAUGUUGCCUGGCUCUCCUUCUUCGAUGUCUGUCAUGUCUCCUUCACCAUUCACUCCGCCAAUGUCACCUUCUGCAAAUGGCAUGUCGCACUCCUCUGUUGCAUGGCCGCAGCCAAAUGUUCCAGCCUUGCAUCUUCCAGGAAGUAACCUUCAGUCUAGUCGGCUGAGAUCUUCUCUCAAUGCUAGAGAUAUCCCUAUGGAUGACUUUGACAUGUUGUCUGAUUAUGAUCAGCAGCAGCAGCUCAUGAAUGAGUUGUCUUGCCUCUCUCCACAGCCUAUGAAUUCUAAUUCACUAAAUCGCUCUGGUCGCAUGAAGCCGCUGACUCCGUCAAACCUUGAUGAUCUUUUUUCUGCUGAGAGUUCUUCUCCUCGUUUUGCCGAUCCAGCUCUGACAUCAACUGUCUUUUCUCCAACUCACAAAUCAGCCGUCUUCAAUCAAUUUCAGCAGCAGCAAAGCUUGUUGUCACCUAUUAAUACAAAUUUCUCGUCUAAAAAUGUUGAUCAUCAUUUAUUGCAGGCCUCUUUUGGGGUUCAGGCAUCAGGAAGAAUGUCUCCGCGAACUGUGGAACCAAUUUCUCCAAUGAGCUCUAGGCUUUCGAUGCUAGCUCAACGCGAGAAGCAGCAACAGUUUCGGAGCCUUAGCUCCCGGGAACUUGGCUCCAACUCUGCUACUGCAGCAGCAGCUGCUUCCGUCAAUUCUUGGUCAAAAUGGGGAUCCCCCAAUGGUAAGGUGGAUUGGGCAGUAGGUGCUGAUGAAUUAGGUGGUGGUGGUAAGCUGCGUAGAUCUUCGUCAUUUGAGCUCGGCAACAAUGGGGAGGAGCCUGAUUUGUCAUGGGUGCAGUCACUCGUCAAGGAAUCUCCAACUGAAAUUAAAGAGAAGUUGGCCACUAAUGUCUCCAGUGCUGCAGCUGCUGGAUCCUUGAAUGAAGGAUCAAAUAUGGGAACACAAAUGGAGUCUGUUGAUCAUGCCGUAUUGGGAGCAUGGCUCGAACAGAUGCAGCUUGACCAUCUUGUGGCACAGCAAAAUUAAUUGGUUUUGCUGUCCCUGAGGUAGUUAACAACAGAAAAAGGUUACAGUAAAUAAUAUAUAAGCUUUUUUGAAGUUUUGUUAUUCCUGGAAGACUAAGGAAGCAGUAAGAAAAAGAAUCUCCGAGGAAAAUUCAUUUUCAAUUUUAGUGUUACCAAAGAAGUAACUUUUAGAAGGGUCAGAAAACCACUGGGUUUGCAUUCAAACAAUUAAUCCCAGUGUAGGUUUUUUGCCUGCCAAUCUUUUCGAAUUUUAGGUUCACAUUCCUGUCAUUUUUUCCUUCUGAGGAGCAAAUGUUCUAUCAAAAAAUCAAGCCCUAUUCCUAAGUUUGAUCUAUAUCUUUACUUUUUUACCAUUUUAUUUUGGGGGUAGAAAACGAGAUUACAAAUGGUCAUUGGAUUUAAUUUCCUUGAAUCUCCAUUUUGAUCCAGUUUUGGGGAUGAGAACACAGGAUGUUGGGUAUGAUAUUUCUCAUGUAAUUUGCAAUCAAUAAUUGUGGAUUCUGGGUAAAUUAGGAAUAUUUGAAGGUUGAUCCUUUGGUCAUGUAACAUUCAAUUAAAGUUUAUUGCCAUAUUAUUUUAAUAUCUUACUUUC